UCAUCUGAUAUAAUGGAAACAACAAUACAUUUUAAUAGUAGAUUUAGUGAAAGUCAUAGAUUCGAAUUAUUAGAUCCUAAUACUAGCAAUGAAAGUAGUGAAGAUGAAUUAAUAGAAAGUAACGAAGAAGAUGAAGAUAUAGAAUUAUCUAAAUUAAAAGCAGAGUUGUUAACUAAAAGUGAUAUAAAUAGCGAAGAUGAAUAA